AUGGGGAUGAGUGAUGACAAAAUUGCAAAUAAUGAUGUAACGCAAGUUGAUGUAGAUAUAGCAAAAGGCAUUCGAAGUAACCGUGGUAUACUUCUACCUCUUUUUGAUGAAUUUACCAAUGAAGCAUUUAGAGUGCAAGAUGAUGGGAAGCCCGAUAUAUUUCUUACAAUGACGUCCAAUCCGAAGUGGCCUGAAAUCCUUAGAGAGAUGUUGCCGGGUCAGACCGCACCCGAUCGGCCAUACCUUGUUGCAAGAGUUUUUCGUUCGAAACUAGAGGAUAUGAAAGACCAACUUUUCAAAAAGCACAUCCUCGGUAAAGUCGGGGCAUAUGUUUAUGUCAUCGAGUUUCAAAAGCGUGGUUUGCCGCAUGCCCAUUUUCUUCUGAUAAUGACACCCGAACACAAAAUGACCAAUCCAGAUCAUUACGACAAGAGUGUUUGUGCUGAAAUUUCGGACCCAACCAGGUAUCCCCAAAUGCACGAACUGGUCGUGCAACACACGAUGCAUGAUCCUUGCGGUCAUUUACGACUGUCCAGUCCUUGUAUGCAAGGUGAGCCGAAAAAAUGUCGUUUCAAUUAUCCCAAACAGUUCAAUGACAAGAUGAUGCAAGAUGAGGACUCAUAUCCAUUAUAUCGACGAAGAAAUAGUGGAAUUAAUGUGAAUGUACGAGGCAACAUUCUGGAUAAUAGAUGGGUGGUCCCGUAUAACCCGAAGCUGUUAAUGAUGUUUAAUUGUCAUAUCAAUGUUGAGGCUUGCUCGAGUAUAAUAUCUAUGAAGUAUGUCUUCAAGUAUGUUUACAAGGGUCACAACAAACAGGUUGUUCAUAUCGAUUCAGAGGAAGAAAGGGUCGUUAUUAACUAA